AAAUGACAGUUAAGUGUAGUUAACCUAUCUUUUGUUUCGUUUAAAAGCCGUUUUUAAAUGGAGGAAUUUUUAAAAAUUGACUGGCCACCUAAGGAAACACCUCAGCCAGAAAGUGUCUUUGUUUCUGAGCAAUUUAUGCAAGGAUCUUAUGUUUUUAAUGAUUUAUCUUCUGAUUCUUCAGACUCUGAACAUACAGAAAGUUUAAAUGAUUCAAAUUAUACUCCUGGAAAAGUGUAUUUUGUUCAGGGAAAACAUUCCUCAAAAUUGAGUAAGAAGGAACACUUUGAAUGUCUUCAUGCCUUGAAAAUUUUACAAGCAAAGUCUACGAAAAAAUCAUCAAUAAGUCCUUAUGAUCAACUGUGUAUUACAACCUAUAAUGGCCUAAGAAGUACAAUUAUAGAAGAAAACAGCUUGUUUCUAAAGCAUGCUCAAAAGCAGUGGAAGUACACAAAUUUAAUACCUAUUGAGAAGUAUAUGUUCAUUGUAAAUCUGUGGAAGCAGCAACUACGUAGAUGUUUAGCAUACAAGAGAUAUUACAAAGGAUGCGACAAUUUGUCCUUGGCUUGUUUUGAAGAUGAAGAUUAUGUAGAAGUAGUUCAUUUGAAAAAUGUCCUUGAAUUGGGACAUUUAGCAAAAUUUACCCCUCCAAUGAUAAAAAGUAAAUGUUUUCUAAACAUAAACUUUUCAGAUGAAGACACCAUGUUUACUUUAAAUUCUAAAUUGCCAGUUAGUCAAGACAGAAAUAUUUCAAAAUUAGCACAACAUAAUGCUUUUCAAUUAGUUAUUUCAUCUAGUGCUUUAAAAAGACUGAUGGAUUGUGACAAUUGGAACUACGAUUGGGAUAUACCUGUUAUAAUUAAGACAGAGAGGGGUAAGAAAAUUGUAUUUGUAGACAAGACAUUACCUCAAAAGGCACCAACAGUAAGACAACUAAAUGAGAAAUUAUAUAAAAAUGGGCUCAAAGCAAAUUUUUGUUAUUUUAAAAUGCUAAGACCAACAUAUAUUUUAGUUUUGAACAUAUUGAAGAAAUAAUUCCCGAUCCAACUUCACACGAAACUAAAGAAUUGUCUGAUGUGAUCAAUUUUGAUGAAAGAGACGAUAAAGAAGAAAUUUCAAAUAU